CCAGUCGCUUACACACAUCUGCAGCGACCUUGGGGCCUCUGCCGUCACCGUGUUCAACUGAGGAAUUGACCUUGGGUGCCACCAGCGACGUGACAACUGACAAGCUCCGGCGCGCAUUAAAAUCUGGGCACAUACCUGCACAACUUGACCUGAGCUUAGGCUUGCUGGCAGGUCAGCGCCAUACCUGCAGCGGAGCAAUUUUGGAACCGCCGGUGUGGCACAGGUUGGGAAGGUUGUCGAGCAAGGCGACUCUCGCUAAGCCGCCUGGGCCCGGAGACAAGCUUCCCAGUCUCACGAAGCAAGAAUCAUCCAUCUAUAAUUGCAGCAGGCGACCACAGGGCGCCGCGGAGGGCCGUGGAAUUCGUCAGGUCGCGCUGUCAGAGCGCAGAUAUCCGGACGCUCGCACGGAGCAGUUCUUCUUGCCUGCUCACAGCGCUGGCUCGACUGGCGCGUUUAGCACAGCUUCUUUUCAUCGCCGGCGCAGUGCGCUGACCUCCAACCGCACGCGCUGGGUCCAAGUUGAAGACUCCUCAAGCUGGCGAGCGGCGCGGACACCCCCGAUUUAGACGCGGAGACGCUUAGCGCUUUUCAUGCCCUCAACAGCCUGGCGACCGCGGCGGAGCAUGAGGCCGGGCGGGGCAAGGUCCCUAUGGUCCUAGCUACGCAUGAUGGCAACGGUGCGACGACCACGAACGACGGGUCGCAGCGCUCGCAACCCGAGACGUCGCAGGAGGAUCCUAUCACCACCAAGGUUGCGCUGAACCAUGACGAGCAGGAUGACGCCAAGUCGGGCUCGGGCGCCAACCUGGGCCUGCCCAUGCCCGGCGCCGGCCUCAACGGCGGCACCAUGGGCGGCGGCGGUGCCGGCGGCGGCAUGAGCCCCGCCGCCGCCGCCGCCAUGAUGAACUCCGCCAUGAACCCCAUGGCCGCCGCCUUCAGCGCCAUGAACAUGGGCGGCAUGGGCGGCGCCAACAACCCCAUGGCCCAGGCGAUGCAGGCGGCGAUGGCGGGCGGCAUGGGCGGCGGCAUGAACCCCAUGGCCCAGAUGAUGCAAGCCAUGGGCGGCAUGGGCGGAAUGGGAGGCAUGGGCGGCAUGGGCGGGAUGGGCGGCAUGGGGCAGCAGCAGGCGGCGAUGGCGCAGGCCAUGCAGGCCAUGGGCACAGGCGGCAUGGGUGGAAUGGGCGGUAUGGGCGGCAUGGGCGGGAUGCAGUACAACCCCGCCGCCUACAUGCAGCAGAUGAUGGGGCCCUUCGCCGCCAUGGGCAUGGGCGGCGGCAUGCCGGGCAUGAUGGGCGCCGCCGCCGGGGCCAACGGCGCCGCCGCCACAAGCGGAGCGGGCGGUAACGCCAACGGCACUGGAGCCAGCGGGGCCGGCAACGGCUCCAACGGCGGCGCGGCGGCGGCGGCGGGUGCAGCUGGCAGCCCCGGGGGCGCUGGCGCGGCGGCGGGCGGCGGCGGAGCCGGCGGCGGCGGCGGCGGUGGCACUCCCAGCGGCGGCAGCGCGGGCCCGAACGACGUGGUGACGGGUAUGCCGCUUGCGGACAUUGCGCAGCAGUGGCAGAUGGCGCAGCAGCAGCAGGCCAUGAUGAUGUACUGGUGGCAGAUGUGGAUGAUGAGCAUGAUGGGCUACGGCGGUAUGGGCGGCAUGGGGCCCAUGGCGGCGGCCAUGGGCGGCGGCGCUGGCGGCGGCGGCGGCGCCGACCCCGCCUCCCAGAUGCAGGCCAUGAUGGCGAGCAUGAUGGGCGGCGGACCCAUGGGCGGCAUGGGCGGCAUGGGCAACCCCGCGCAGUACCAAGCCAUGAUGCAGGCCAUGAUGAUGCAGAUGGGCGCCGGCAUGGGCGGCAUGGGCGGCAUGGGCGGAGCCAGCAACCCCAUGGCAGCCAUGAUGGCAAGCAUGAUGGGCGGCGGCGGCGCCGCUGGCGCCAACGGCGCCGGCGCGGGCGCCGGCGGCGCGGCUGCAGGCGGCCCAGCGGCGCAGUGGAUGCAGCAGGCGCAGGCGAUGCAGGCGGCGAUGGCGGGCGCGAUGGGCGGCGGCGGCGCGAAUGGCAUGAUGGGCGGCAUGGGGCCGAUGGCGGGGAUGAUGAAUGGCAUGGGCGGCAUGGGGGCAAUGCCGGGCAUGAUGGGAGGGAUGGACCCGUCCGCUAUGGCGGCGGCGAUGGGCGGCGCGUCGCCUGCGGCCGCGGCGGCGGCGCAGCAGCAGGCGCAGCAGCAGCAGCAGCAGGCAGCGCAAGCGCAGGCUCAGGCCCAUGCCCAGGCGCACCAGCACGCGCACCAGCAGCAGCAGCAGCAGCACGCGCAGCAGCACCAACAACACCAACAGCACCAGCAGCAACAGCCGCACCAACCGCAGCUGCCGGUGCAGCCACAGGGCCAUCCCGGCUCCACACCUGCGUCCGCAACCAUGGGCCCCAUGGCUGUGGCCAUGGGCUUCAAGGGCUACCACCACCACCAGCAGCAACAGCACCAGCACACGCCACACCACCACGACCCCUCCAACGGUGGACACGUCGCCCCGGACUCCAGCCCGCCACACCACAUGGGCGGCGCCGGCGGCGCCGCCGCCGACGGCGGCUUGGCCAGCGGCAGCGCCGGCAUUGACCCCAUGGACGCUGCCGGCGGCGGCGGCGGCGGCGGCGUCCUCGAGUCGCCUGAUGACGUGGACAUGGUGGGCGUGGCUGCGAGCAUGGGGCUAAACCCGCACGACAUGCUGGGCGCGGGUCCCAUGCACGGCAUGCUGCACGGCAUGCACGUGCCGCCCGGCAUGGGGCCCAUGGGUCCCAUGGGCAUGCUCAUGCUUCCCGCCAACAGCGACGAGGCCUACCAGGAGGAGGACGAGGGCGGCAGCGAGGUUGAGGACGGCGACGACUCCGACGCGCACCAGGCCUUCGGCUCCUCACAGCACGCGUCAGGCAGCCACGCACAGCACCAGCAGGCCGCACAGCACGCGCAGCACAACGGCUACGGCCAGCCGCACCUCCAGCAGCACGGCGCAGCGGCGGCGGCCGGGCACUACGCGGGGCCGCAGGGCGUGCCGCAGGCCAACCCGCACCAGCUGGCGGCGGCGGCGGCGGUGCUGUCCGCGGCCGCGGCCUCCGCAAAGCGGUCGCUAGACCAGCAGGGCGGCGGCGGCGGCAGCAACGGGUUCAUGGCGCGUGGGGGCAGUAGCGCCGGGCUGGGUGGCGCCGGCGGCCUCAGCGGCAGCAACAGCAAUGACAGCAAGCGCGGGCGGCGCGCGACGAAGGAGCAGAAGGUGGGCUCUCAGUGCGCGGGCAAGGUCUGCAAAAACUGCGGGACCAAGUCGACGCCCUUCUGGCGAAAGGACAAGAACGACGGCCGGCCGCUCUGCAACGCCUGCGGCCUGUACUUUUCAAAGAACGACGCCCCGCGGCCCAAGAUACUGUGGAAGCAAGACGAGCAGGCGGCGGCAGCGGCGCGGGAGGGCGCCGGCGGCGCGUCCGCGCCACCCAGUGGCGGCGGCAGCGGCAGCGGCGCCGCGCCCGCCGCGGCGUCCGCCAACCCGCUCCUCAACGACAACUCCGCCGCCGCUGCGGCCCUGGUCAACGCCAUGACCAGCCGCGGCCUGAACCCCGCCGCCGCCAUCAGCGCAAUCGCCGCCGCCGCGGCAAACGCCAACGCCAAGGCCGGCGGAACCUCGCCGCCAGGCUCCUCCAGCGGCGCGCCCGGCGCGGCCUGUGCCGGGGCUGGCGGGGCCGGUGGCGUGAUGGGGCCUGCGGGUGCGCCGGGCGCGGUGGUGGCUCCGGGGGCAGCUGGCGCCCCGCCGCGGCCCAUGCAGCCAAACUAUGCGGCCAUGGCCCAGGUAGCCAUGCUGGCGGCGGCUGCCGCGGCGAAGAACGGCGCCGCCGCUGCCGCGGCGGCGGCGGCGGCUGGCGGCGCGCCGGGCGCGGCCGGCGCGCGGCCGCCGCCGCCGCUAGGCAACCCGGUAGCGGCACUGGCGGCGGCGGCCGCCGCUAUGGUGCGGGCGGGCGGCGGCGGCAUUCCUGGUGCCACUGGGGCGCCGGGUGCGGCGGGGCUGCCGGCGGCGCUGGCGGCGGCCGCGGCGGUGGCGCAGAGCAACCAGACGGCUGCGCUGCUAGCGGCGGGUGCGCCAGGCGCGGGAAGCCCACCGCCACCGCUACCGCCAGCGGGCGGGUCGCCUGUGCUGAUCGGCGCGGACGUGGGUGCGGUAGACGCCGCGGUCGCGCCGGCGGCGCUGCCCGAAAUCAAGGCAGAGGCGGACUGAGCGGCCUGGCCGGGACACAGUGGGCGGUUGGGCCGCAGGCUGAGCAUGGCCGGGGCUUGGGAGUGGCGCCGAUGACGCAGGUCAUGCGUUUGGACGGUGUGUUUAAGGGUGAUUGGUGUGAGGGAGCGGCGGCCGGGCACGUGGCACAACAGCGGCUCCAGGGGUGCCACGGGAGGCGGUGUGCAUAGCCGGGACGCGGGAGACAGCACCCCUCCACAUAUUACAAGAAUUUCGUACAUCUGUUUUUGAACCUUGACUUGCCGUGAGGGCCUUGGACACCCUGAAUGUUGUUUGCUGCGUUGACACACAACAAUAAGAUGGCAUGGUUACGUACAACAUGAAUGAAUUGAAGUUUGAGAGACCGCUCGCCCGACACGCGUCUACGCAUUUCCUAUUUUAAGACACAUCUCUUUUUUGGCUCCACCCGGCGCGCUGUGUGCCCGUCCCCGGGGCGAUGAACACUGCAUGGUUGGCACGGCGACAGCGGUGUCAGGGUGCUGGGUUGUAGCGUGCGUGUCGGUGUGCGUGUGUGUGCUUGUGCAGUGUGGUGUGUGCGCGGCAAGGCCCGGACAUGAGGCCAGUCCGACGCAAAUGCAUGUGGUAUACCUUAGGUGGGUGCCCAAAGCCUUUCUGGCUGCCUUUCGCGGUUUCUGGGGGGAGGGAGGGGCAGGCAUGGGGCACGCCUGCCACUUGUGCAUGCAUGCACGGUUUCCUAAACCCUGCGUGGCGUUGCGCAUAGGGGCCGAAGCGCAUGGCGGCACGGCAGCACGUGUCUGUCAGCGGGAUGCCCUGCGUGCCGGUCGACUGGGAUGAUGGUGGUGAGGUGAAGCCGGGGGUACUUAGCCGGGGAACGAGGGAGGCCGGAUGGGCUGACGCGAAGGCCCGCUGAGUGGGGACGGCUUGGCAUGCGUGCUGAUCGAGCGGCGGUUUUGGCUGGGGCUGGCGGCGCCGGCCGCCCUUGUGCGCGUGCUGGCUUCAUGUCUAUCUCUGGCGCAGUGUGGGGCCGGAGUGGCGAUGGGGCUGCGGGCGGCUAUCUCCCCGCGUUCCGGCGAGCAAGCGGAGGCGGAGGGAAGCAGGAGAAGGAGCUAGGUGGGCGCAGGCGGGCCCGCGGCUGGUCGACUACGCACCAUAUCUUGCAGUAUGCAAUGGUGGUUCCAAGAAGAGAUGCGGACUAAGCUUAUGGAUCCGCGUGUGUGAAUACUGCCGUACAUUGGUUUUAUGGCACAGUUCUGGGUCGGCCAUACGCGUCAGGUCAAGCACAACAUAUGAUACCGUAUGUCUGUUGGUCGUGUAAGUGAUGCGGCUUUUGCUGGCUCGUGUUUCCAGCGCGAUGUCGUGCCGCAGUUCGCAGUGCAACGCAGCUGUACGUGUGGCAAGAUAACUUACGGUGACAGGGUACAACGGACACACAGCGCUCUGCGCCAUGGUCUCGUGCGGACUGCAAGUUGGGGUACAGGGCUGCAAGUACAGGCGUGUACAAGCAUGGUGAUUGGUGACGCCAGCCGCUGGGUCAUGUUGACAGCACGGUGCGGACGGCCAGAGCGCGCAGGGUAUCGAGAGAGCACGUUGACAUGUUGUAACAUGCAUGAAGU